AUGAACUUGAGGAGCAGAGGUUCAUCAAGCCUAGUUCCAAGAGUUGAAGACAUUAGAGCACUUGAGAGGGAGAUUGCAAGACAAAGAAGAGAAGUAGAGCAUCAGGCUCACUUGCAAAGGUUGGAGUUUGAUAUGGAGAGUCUGCCUCAAGAUGGUGAUGCCCUAGGGGGCAUUGAUCUAAGAGCUGAUCAUCUUAGACCACAACGCCAGCCACAACAUCCACCGCGCCAAGCUCGUGCCAUUGGAGCAUAUGAUCAACCUCACAUUAAUGAGAACAACAAGUAUCAUGGCCUUGCUGUUGAAGAUCCUUUUGAUCACUUGUACAAGUUUGAUAAAUAUUGUGGCUUGUCCAAGACCAAUGGUGUUUCUGAAGAUGCAUUCAAGUUGAAGCUAUUCCCUUUUUCUUUGGGAGACAAAGCACAUCAAUGGGAGAAGGCUCUUCCAAGUGACUCUAUCACAACUUGGAAUGAGUGCAAGAGGGCAUUCCUAGAGAAGUUCUUCUCUACCUCAAGGACAGCCAAGAUCAGGAAUGAGAUCUCUAGCUUUCAGCAGAAGAACCUAGAGGGAUUUAGUGAAGCAUGGGAGAGGUUCAAGGGCUAUUGGUCUCAAUGCCCACAUCAUGGCUUCACCAAGGAGAGUUUGCUUAGCACCUUCUAUAGAGGAGCUCUACCACAGUGCAGAAACAGGCUUAAUACUGCCAGCAAUGGUUACUUUUUGGGAAGAACUGAGGAAGAGGCAGAAGAACUGGUAGAGAACAUGGCCAAGAGUGACUCAGUCUACAAUGAGGAGCAUGAUAGGGUCAACAGAAGUGAUGAUCAGCAGACAAAGAAAGAGAUCAAGUCCUUACAAGACAAGAUGAAUUUGCUUCUUUCCAACCAAGCUAAACAGGAGCAGAUGAACUUUGUGGGUGGUCGUAGUCAAGAGGUUCCUCCUAGGGUCAAUGAGGUUGAUGGUUUAGAAGGCCAAGAGGAGUUGUGCUUCAUCAAUGCUAAUGGCACAUGGUACAGGAAAGAGCCCAAUUUUCAGUACCAAAACAACUAUCAGCAAAGGCCUUACUACAACAAUCAUCAAGGAGGUUACCAAGCCAAGCAGAACUAUCCUGAAGCCAACCAGUCUCCUCAGACUCAAGGAAGCUCUUCUAAAGCUCAAGCUCCAGAUUCAAGUGUGGAUUCUAUGUUCAAGCAACUCUUGGAAUUUCAGGCCAGAAAUGAGAAGACCAUGAUUUAUGAGUUCAAGAACAUCCAUGCAAAGAUUGAUGAGAACUAUUCUGACCUCAACAACAAGUACAUGCAACUUGCCUCUCAUCUCAAGGCUUUGGAGAGUCAAGUUGCAUCUAUGCCUUCAUCCUCCAAGCAGCCAAUGAGGUCUCUACCAGGGAAACCAGAAAAGAACCCCAAGGAGUCUUGCAAUGUUGUCUUCUCCACUACUUCUCCAGAGAUUGAGCUGAGUGAUCAUGAGAAAGAGGAGGAUGAGAUUGAAAGACUGAUUGUGAAGGACACUGCCAGGAAGGUUGAAGCAACGGAUCUGCAAAGAGCUGAGCACAAGGCUGAGAAUCAAGUUGGGAAGAGAGCUGACAACAAGCUGAAAGAGGUUAAGCUAGAGGAAGCCACUGAGGUUGAGCUAUCACCCUAUGAUAAGCUCCCUUUCCCCCAAAGAGUUUUCACCAAAUCUCAAAAGAAGGUGCUCUCCAAGUUCAGGAAAGAUCUUAGUGAUGUUGGGGUCAGACUUCCAGAAAUCUCGGGUAUGCGUGAAGCUCAUGUCUAG